UCGUCUUCCUCUGUGCUAAUUACAAGUCAUCUUUACUUUCAGCGAUCUAUGCUGGGUUUCCCUGGUAUUCCAGGAUCAAAAGGUAUACCGGGAGUGCCGAGCGGUCCGGGGCCACACGGACCCCAAGGAAGAGAAGGUGUAAAAGGACAAAUUGGUGAUAAAGGAUCACAAGGAAUGCCGGGUCCAAGAGGAGACAGAGGGCGCGAGGGAACCCCUGGGAAGAGUGGACCCCGAGGAAUUAAGGGAAUGAAAGGUGAACAGGGACUUGUGAGAAUGAAAGGAGAGCGAGGCAUUGUGGGAAAUCAAGGAAGAAAAGGAGACAAAGGAGAGAAAGGAGAAAGCGCCAAAGCAAGUCAAGCAAGAGUAGUACCACAAACCAACUGGAAACAAUGUGUGUGGAAAUCAGACAGCGAUACUUAUAACGGAAAGAUUAAGGUAAAUAGAAUAAGAAUCAUAACACACUCCUAAGAAAGUUCAUUCCUUUUUAAAUUAAAAUGUUUCAAAGAAGAACGUCUCCCCUCUCACUCACCGUUUGCCAACACCUUACAUAAAUAACUAAAUUGCAUUUCUCUCUACUUUGGUUCCUUUGAUACGAAAAACAGAAAACCGUGGUACGUGAUAAAAUGAUUCCUGACCAUAUGGAUAAGGACAACAAAAAUUUAAGCUUUUACAGAGUUUUUAAACAUUAGCAAGUAAUCUUGACUGGCGUUGUUAGAAUCAAUCAAUACACAAGGUUGCUCGCCCUACUACAAUAUGUUUGAUUUGUUUGAUUUUAUUCUAGGACUGUGCGUUUAACAAACUACAGUCUAAUUCAGCGCUCAGAGUCUCAUUCCAGGGCAACAUGAAGGUCCAAAGUAGUGUUAAGUGUAACCGGUGGUAUUUCAAGUUUAAUGGAAAUGAAUGCAGUGGAUCAAUGACGAUUGAGGCUGUUGUUUACAACUGGUGGCCAUCUGGGAACCCUGAUCUGUUGCAUCAUCGGUCAUUUGAUGGGUACUGUGAAAACAUUCCACAAGGCGCUGUAAGAGUGGAAUUAUGGGUAGGAAAGUGUAGUGGUCAAACCCUGGGUAAUGCUUACACUGGGUGGAAAUCAGUUUCCCGGAUAAUGAUUGAAGAAGUAUCUAGGCCCCAGUCCUAA